AAAAACUUCGUCUUUGGAAGCCCCAGUAGCUGAAACGAGGGUUUUCUAACAGCAUGGGAAAAGCGUCAAGAUAGAGUGCAACGAGGGAAAAGCAUCGACGAGUCCAAGACAAAUGCAAUCCCAUCUCCAAUACCUUACCAAAGCCCUUCCUUUACAAACCUGGAACCGCAUGAUUCGGGCCUCCACGCGAAAUGGAUCGUACCUGGAAACUCUCCAUCUCUACUCCUCCAUGGUGAGAUCCGGCGUUCAUGGCGAUGCCUUCACCUUCCCCUUCGUCGCAAAAGCCUGCGCGAAGCUGCGCUCCACAAGAGAGGGCGGGAAGCUCCACGCCCAUGCUCUUUUGAUGGGCUUCCAGGGGAAUCACUUCGUACAGACCUCACUAAUGGAUAUGUACUCUAAAUGCUAUAAUCUAUCCGACGCACGCCAAUUGUUUGAUGAAAUGCCCCGCAGAGGCUUGGUCGCCUGGAAUUCCAUGAUCUCCGUCUACAGUCAUGACUUUCAAAUUAACAAGUCGUUUGAACUCUUGAACGAGCUGCGUGCGCUUGGUCUCAGGCCCACCUCUAGUACUUGUGUAAGCCUUGUAUCGGGUUGUGCAUGCCCUGUUGCAGCCAUAAUGUGUGGUCUUUCGGUCCACUGUUAUGGGAUUAAAGUUGGGUUUCAUUCAGAUUUACGGUUUUCUAAUUCAAUUUUGAGUAUGUAUGUCUGGUUUGGCCAUGUUGAUGAUGCCCGUUCCUUGUUUGAUUCUAUGGAGGAAAAAUCCAUAGUCACUUGGACCGCAAUGGCCGGUGGCUUUGUGAGGGUUGGAGAUAGUAUGAAGGUGUUUGAUCUCUUCAACAAAAUGCGUAGUGCAGAUAUCAAUCCAGACUCUGCUGCAUUCAUUAAUCUUAUCUAUGCUGGCAUCCUUACGGGGAAAUCAUCGAUAGCCCGUGCAAUCCAUUCUGUAUUGAUUAAUAAUGGAUUUGAUCAAAAGUUAGACAUUGCCCCUUUAUUAGUUACCUUAUAUUCAAAAUGUGGAGAAUUAACAUCAGCUCGAAAUGUUUUUGAUUCUAUGCGGGGUAAGGAUGUCUUUUUGUGGACUUCCAUGAUCAGUGGGUAUGUUCAAGGUGGGCAUUCAAGUGAAGCAUUGGUGCUAUUUGAGAACUUGUUAAGUUCAAAUACUAAACCAAACAAAGUUACCAUUGCCACAGUACUUUCAGCUUGUGCUGAUUCUGGAUCACUUAGUUUUGGGGAAAAGAUUGAAGAGUAUGUAAUGGAGAAUGGGUUUCAAUCAGAUUUGCGAGUUCAGACUGCAUUGAUUUACAUGUAUUGCAAGUGUGGAAAAAUAGAAAGAGCGAAAGAUAUUUUUGAUGGGGUUUCUGCAAAGGAUAUUACUAUGUGGAGCACCAUGAUAAAAGGUUAUGCCUGCCACGGGAAAGGAAGAGAAGCUCUCACCCUCUUUGAGGAGAUGCAAAGGAAAGAAGCUAUUAAGCCGGAUGCCAUUCUUUUUACCGACGUCCUAUUGGCAUGUAGCCAUUCUGGGUUAGUAGAGGAAGGAUUGCAAUGUUUCAUUAGCAUGCAGAAGGAUUAUGGUGUUGAGCCUAACAUAGAGCAUUAUUUGUGCAUAGUGGAUCUUCUUGCUAGAGCAGGUCAUUUCAGUUCUGCCUUUAGAUUUAUUAAUAGUGUGCCCAUUCAAGCAAGGAAUCAGGUGUUGGCUCCCUUACUUAGUGCCUGCAGAACUCAUCAUGACAAUCAGUUUGGAGAGUUGGUAUCAGAACAACUGUUUAAACUGGAGCCUCAGAACACUGGCAAUUAUGUAUUAAUGUCUAAUGUUUAUGCUUCUUCAGGGAAGUGGAAGGAGGUUAUAGGGCUUAGAAAUUUAAUAAACAGGAGAGGAUUGAUCAAGGAACCUGGAUGGAGUAGGAUUGAGUUAAAUAGCUGAAUGUAUCGAUUGUUUACACAAUUGCUUUAUUUAUAUGAGCACCUUACUCUAACAUUCUCCUCUUUCUAAUAUCAUAAACCGAACUUCAUCAACAGUCAAAAGUGAGCAAUUAAAGAUCUUGAAGCAUCAUGAUUUGAUUAUGAACCAGUAUGUCCUGUGGAUUGUUUUCUUUUUUCUCAAGAAGAAGAGGGUUUACAAGAUUUCUGAAGUCAUUGCACAUAAUGGUUAUUUGACUAGAAGUUGAAGUGCAAGCUUCUCCAUCAUUAAAUGGUUGAAAACAAAAUAAAGAAAUAUGUGAUGAGUUUUAGAACCACUUCAAGUUCUCAAACUUUAUCCAGAAAGCAUGUCUUCCAUCAAGUCUUCCCACAAAUUCUACUUUCUGGUAAUAUGAAGCAUUGUUCGAUCCAAGGUAGAGGAUCCAAUGUAUGCCCUUCUGUCAUGUGCCUUUGCAUAUCUUGAGUACAUGACAUGCAAAUACCAUGGUGAUUUUGCUUUGAUACAAAUUGUGGCUGUGAUGUCAAUAUGGUUGACAG